GAGAAAAUCGUGCAAGACACGUGCGUUUGUAAAAUCAUUCUUAAAAUCAUCAGAUUUCAUAAAAUUAAAAAAGUUGCAUUAUAUCAUUCUGCCAACAUUGAGAGAGAUAUUUUCGAACAUCACACGAGAGAUUGUCGGCCCUGAAAGCGAAGUGGACCACAUCUAGACGGAGGGUCGUGCGGCCCGGUUACUUGGACACGUUUGUGGUUAUCAAGUUUGACAAUAAACAUCGGGCCGCGUUGUAUGACUUGGAGUUAACGAUUCGCCAGCAUGGGUGGGUUACUCAGUUAUUUUCGUAAUCUGCUCGGUAACCGUGAGAUGCGUAUUCUGAUUCUGGGUCUGGACGGUGCCGGCAAGACUACGAUUUUGUACAGGUUGCAAGUAGGGGAAGUAGUAACUACAAUACCAACCAUAGGGUUCAAUGUAGAACAAGUUACUUACAAAAAUUUAAAAUUUCAAGUAUGGGAUCUUGGUGGUCAGACGAGUAUACGACCAUACUGGAGGUGUUACUAUUCAAACACAGAUGCGAUAAUUUAUGUGGUAGAUUCAGCAGAUAGAGAUAGAAUAGGCAUAUCAAAAGAUGAAUUAAUUCUCAUGUUACAAGAGGAAGAAUUACAAGGUGCAAUCUUGGUGGUAUUAGCAAACAAACAGGAUAUGGCAGGAUGCCUUAGUGUUGCAGAGGUCCAUCAAGCACUCGGAUUGGAUGCUCUUAAAAAUAGAACCUUUCAAAUAUUUAAGACUUCCGCGACGAAAGGUGAAGGGCUCGAUCAAGCAAUGGACUGGUUGUCAAACGCACUGCAGAGUAGAAAAUGAUUAACAUUACGUCAGCGUAAUUCAUAUUCAUAUUCGAGCCUUAACAAGGGGACUAGUCAUAAGACUGUCACUUUGAACGUGUCGCCGGAUUGCCACCGGACACGAUGUUCUGUUUAUUUAUUGUAAUUAAUCUAUUUUAAAUAUCUUUUGCAAUUUAUACUUGCAAAAUCACUAUAUUUUCUAAUGCCAAGAGUGCGCAAUAAGGGAAUUAUUUUAUCUCUUUCUAUGUGAUUUAAAAUAUCGUUCUCUUUAGAGAAUUCUUUCCACUUAGAUUCUUUGCACUAAUAGGUAUUUCGUAUGUUACUGCUACACAUGUGUGAGUAACAGUUAGUUAAUAUAAUAAUUUGUUUAAAAUCGUCCUAUUUAUUUAAUCUCAAU